CUCAAUUUCGUCAUAUCACUUAUAUCGUUUUCAUCGUGUGUCAUCCACCCUGUUAUCCACCAGAUGGGCAAUAGUACUUUAUGAUAUUACACAGCGAAUAAACAGGUCAUGAUGGCCAGUGUGUCAAUAGACGAGCUUGGAACCCUCCUCAUCGUGACGAUAUUGAUUAUGGUAGGACUGCGGUUCUUCUUUUCGCGGAUGGUAACGGAUCGGGAGAAGAAGAAUAUACCUCCAGGUCCACGAACAUGGCCUCUCAUUGGCAGUCUACCGUUUCUCAUUAGGUCGAAAUUACCGCCACUGGAUCUCUUUGCGGCCUUGGCUGACGACUAUGGGGACAUCUUCCGACUUCGUAUCAUGACAACGGAAGUGGUUAUCUUGAACAGCUUCAACACCAUCAAAGAAGCCUUCAGUCACCCUAACUUCCAAGGCCGGCCUAGGAUAGUCCCCAUCGAAGACCAAAUAGGCCGUCGAAAUAUAGGAUUGGCUGGUUCGUCGGGACCUGUCUGGCGGGAACACAAGCAGUUCAUUUUAUCAGCAUUUAGGCAUUUUACUACCGGACCUAAAAGUAUAGAUGACAUCAUUCAUGCCGAAGCCGUGACGCUGAUUUCCGAAUUCUCCAAGUUGUCUAAGCCUUUUAAUCCUCACAAGGUUUUGAACAAUGCUGUCUCGAACGUAAUUGCCGUUCUGCUUUUUGGAAAGGCCUAUGACUACGGAGACUCAGACUUCAACCAGCUACAGGAUAUCAUCAACACUAACCUUCGUUUAGCUGCCUCUGGAGGGGUUUUCAUCUUCAUCCCCUUCCUUGCAAAGGUUCCAUUCAGUCCGGCCAACAAAAUUAAACAAGGGAUAAAGAGAUUCACUGACUUCACCAAGAUGAUCGUCGAUAAACAUCUCAAGGACUUCGAUCCAGAUCAUCCUCGCGAUAUUAUCGAUAUGUACCUUCAAAGAAUUCAAGAAGAUCGGAAGAGAGGUAUCACAUCAUCGUUUGAUGAGACAAACCUUCAUGUACUGUGCGGAGAUCUAUUUGGGGCCAGCACCGAAACAACGAACGCUUCAUUGAAAUGGUCUAUUCUCUACAUGAUGAUGUACCCUGAUGUUCAAAAGAGAGUCCAAGAGGAACUAGACCGUGUUGUUGGACCGGAUCGACUCCCAGAACUAGCUGAUCGUGCGAGUCUCCCAUUCACCGUGGCAACACUACACGAAAUCCAGCGCAUGGGACAAGUGUCUCCAUUUGGUAUUGCGCAUGCAUGCACCGCCGAUUCAAAACUAGUUGGCUACGAUAUUUCGGAGGGCACUUUGGUCGUGUCAAACCUGUGGAGGUUAGCACAUGACAGCACAAUCUGGUCCGAUCCUGAUACAUUUAGACCAGAACGAUUCCUGAAUGAGAGAGGCGAUUGUGUCAAGCCAGAUGCACUCAUCCCAUUUAGUAUUGGCAAAAGAGUUUGCAUUGGAGAGGCUCUUGCAAGGAAAGAGCUAUUCCUCUUCUUUUCAACCCUUCUCCACCGAUUCAAGUUCUCUAUACCUGCAGACAGCCGUCCACCAUCGCUCCACGGCCGGCUUGGUCUGGUCUACGACACCGAGGAUUACAUGACAUGCGCAUCCUCGAGAUUAAACAAGUCAGUUGAAAAAUGAUGGUCCUUUGAGUCGAUGAAAAAGUGCCUAUGAUAAAUAGAUAAAAUACAGGUAUUUAGGCACAUUUUACUGAUAGUUGAGAACCGGAAAAAUGAUGAUUUUUAUGUUUUUCACAUAAUGAAUGAGUUUGUUUUUUCAAUUUACUGUAGAAAAUGGCUCUGACAAUUAUUCAGUGUUCAAAUGGGUUGACCCUUACAACAUCUCAUUCACUAGGAUUUAUGAUUUUUUUGUUCUUUUAAUUAUUGGGCAUAACUUGCUAUGUCAGGAAAAGUUGUUACAUGAAUGCAGAUAGAAUUGGAAAGCGGCGCCAAAUAAGCGGGGAAUAAGAUUUAAAAACAAAAACGAAAGCUGUAGAUCUCUUCAAUUCAAGCUUGUUGGAAAAGAUAUUUAUGAUAUCUUUGUGUGAUAAAUUAAAGAAAAGGAAAUGCGCAUUAAAAAAAAACAACAACACAUUUUUCUUCUGUACAAACCUAUGGAAUCGCAAUGCUUUUAACAUGCCAUGACGACAGGACGUAAGCUGGUAGAGUAUGGAAACAGAUCAUGCUCGCGUUCUCUGUCCCAUCUAAGCUGCUCAAACCGAAAUUACAAUCAUGUAGCUCUUCUGCGAUAUUGGAUACUUAGUUUUGUGUAAA